CAACUCUAGAAGAAGUAGAGAGUGAGGGAGAAAGAUGAAGCAAUACACAGAGUGACAUGGCAGGAUGUAUUUGAAGAAGCCUUAAGAUCAGAUAUUUCAACUGCUGGACCUGUCAGCUCAUCCAAUGGCCAAGAAUUCUUUCCUGGAUAUAAUCAAGACUGGAAGAAUUAAUUCUAACCUGAGGAUCAGGGGCAGAGUGUAGUUGGAAAGUGCCGUGCAGAGCAAAAGAUCUAAGAUAAAUGUGAUUCAGUAGCCUUUUAUUUCUCUGAUAUCAGUUUCAAUAUGACUGGAAUGUACUCAAGGCAAAAUGCUUCAUCCCAAGAUAUUAAUCUUCCUCACUACCAGCCAGAUGGAGACCCCUUUGUUUCAAAACUCUCAAAGGAAGCUGACAUAACAGCUGGAAUUUAUUUAUUAAUAAUAGGGAUCCUGUCCACUUUAGGCAACGGAUAUGUUAUUUAUAUGGCUAUACAACGGAAAAAGAAGCUCAAGCCAGCAGAGAUCAUGACAAUAAAUCUAGCAGUCUGUGACUUGGGGAUUUCAGUGACAGGAAAGCCAUUUAGCAUCAUUGCCUUCUUCUCCCACCGUUGGAUCUUUGGUUGGAGUGGCUGCCGCUGGUAUGGAUGGACUGGCUUCUUCUUUGGAGUCGGAAGUCUUAUUACCAUGACUAUAGUCAGCCUGGACCGGUAUUUCAAAAUCUGCUAUUUAGCUUAUGGAAUCUGGUUGAAGAGACACCAUGCUUUUAUCUGCCUAGGCAUUAUCUGGUCUUAUGCUGCCUUCUGGGCCACCAUUCCCUUUGCUGGCUUGGGGAACUAUGCUCCUGAACCCUUCGGCACCUCCUGCACCUUGGACUGGUGGCUGGCUCAAGGCUCAUUGGCAGGGCAGACAUUCAUUCUCAAUAUCUUUUUCUUCUGCCUUGUAUUCCCAACUGCUGUGAUCGUGUUUUCCUAUAUUAAAAUAAUAGCAAAGGUCAAGUCAUCCAGCAAGGAUGUAGCUCAUUAUGACAGCAGGAUUCAGAAUAGCCAUGAACUAGAAAUAAAGCUAACUAAGGUGGCAAUGUUGAUCUGUGCAGGAUUUCUAAUUGCUUGGAUCCCGUAUGCAGUUGUAUCAGUAUGGUCAGCUUUUGGAAAACCAGAUUCGGUUCCCAUAAGAGUUUCGGUAGUGCCUACUUUGCUUGCAAAAUCAGCUGCCAUGUACAACCCUAUUAUUUACCAGGUCAUCAAUUGCAAAUCAGCCUGUUGUAAGCCGGAGGCUCUUCGGCCGCUGCAGAAGAAAAACUUGAAGAAAUCCAGACUCUACGUAGUCUCUACAGAAAAGUCUGACAUGAUGACUGAAACUCAACUGGAUGUUGCCUAAGAGCUGGGAAUCCAUACCUCUCCAGCUGACAAGCAGGACUCUCUCUCAGCUGCUUCCGCUCCUAACCACUUUAAAAGUACGCCAGCUUAGAGUUAUUUUCCUGGCUUGUAUUUUCUCACAGAGUCCUAAUGUUAGUUUUCUCUAUUCUAAUCAAAGAUAUUUUUUUUAAAAAAUUAACCAUUUUGUUUGUAGUUUAAUUAGCUAAAGAGGCUCCCUGCAUCAUUCUUAUUUUACAUAUCUUAAAGUGAUUACAAUGAAUACAAAUAAAUAGGUGUACAGUACAUAGUAAUAGUAUAGUAAACAACAUAGUAAAUUGGUGCUUAGAUAUACUUUACCCUGUUGAUCCCUUGUCUUUCCUCUCAAUGAAAUGCUGCUUGUCAGCAACAGUCACAUGACACAGAGAAGCAAAGGAUGCCUUUGACCAAGAGCUGCAGAGCAAAGAGAGAGGCAGUUCCAUACUUUCUGCUUGGCCUUCCACUGGAAUGGACCAUUUACUGCUUCCCUAGGGCAGGAAUGGAGGACAUCCUCCAUGUGGCCUGCUCCCAUAUUGUCCACCUUCAAUUCAAGACUGUUGUUUUCAACCAGGGUAGUUUUCAGCUCUUCAGAGCAGAUGUUCUCCAGUGCUUUCUUCCAUUCUACUUGUGGUCCCAGUUCUUCUUGGCUGCCAUGCCUGGCAUGUGCCCUCUCCUCCAGCAGCCGAUCACUGCCUCACGCAGACAUGUUGUCCUCGGCUGCUACUUUCUCAGCAUUUUAAAUAUAUUUUCAUUAAUUCAUUGAGGGCCCCUUAAGUCAAUGAACUAUCCUCAAGCCUAGAAGCUUACAACUUUUAUAUUUCCUGGUGAGCACUUUUGGUUUCUGCCAGGCUGGGUGAAUCAUGCUUCUCUUGCUUUCCCAUCCUCUGUCCACAGUUUUCCUUCCCCUUAUGUUUUUAACUUCUUUAAUUUACAACAAAGAAAAUAUUGUUGCGUUUUGUUUCUAUGAAACUGAACUAUCAGUUCUUCCUUGCUUAUCACAUUAGCAUAGGCCUACAUAGGAUCAAUCCACCCACCCCAAUCUAUUCCCUAUUGUUUUUAUUGUAUUUUAUUGUGCUAUGAUAGUACUUUAAGGAGAAAAAUAGUACAGAAAAGUGCUGCGUUAGUGUCAGGUAAGAUAAUGGGGUACAUACCCAUGACAGACUGCUCCAUAUAGGAGCCAGAGGGCAAGCCUUCCCUUCCUUGUGUGGAUGAAAGGGGAAGAAGCAGGGGAAUGCCUGGUUGUGCAGGGCUUGAUCUGGACUAAGCGUCAUCCCAGCUCUUGCAAAUCCCAUUUUUUUUUUUGCAAAUUUUAUUUAUAAUACAGUUAAAAACAAACAAACAUUGGAUUUAAUGUGACAUUCCAGUAUAUACA